CUCACCAGCUGUUUCCCGCCUUGAGCAGCAGCAGCCGGAGGAGGAGGAGGGAGGCGCGCGCGCACACGCAUACACACACACACACAGAGGCACGCUUACACACGCGCGCGCACGCCUCCUUCUGCCCCCCUUCCUAGAAACACGCGGAUCGGCGGCAGAGGAGGGGGAGGCCGAAGAGGAAGGCGCCCCCUCCCUCCCUCUCUCCUUCCCUCCCUCCCUCCUCCUCCCUUCCCCCUUCCGAUGGAGUACUUCGUGGUCCCCGCGCCCAAGGUGCCUCCGCCGCUGCAGCAGCAUCAGCAGCCCUUCCGGAAGUCCGAGAAGGAGGUCAUCGGGGGGCUCUGCAGCCUGGCCAACCUGCCCCUGACCCCCGAGACGCAGCGGGACCAGGAGCGCCGCAUCCGGAGAGAGAUCGCCAAUAGCAAUGAGCGCCGGCGCAUGCAGAGCAUCAACGCCGGCUUCCAGUCCCUGAAGACCCUCAUCCCGCACACGGACGGGGAGAAGCUCAGCAAGGCAGCCAUCCUCCAGCAAACGGCCGAAUACAUCUUCUCUCUGGAGCAGGAGAAGACGCGGCUGCUGCAGCAGAAUGCACAGCUCAAGAGGUUUAUCCAGGAAUUCAGUGGCUCCUCCCCGAAGCGGCGGCGGGCGGAGGACAAGGACGAGGGCAUCGGCUCCCCAGACAUCUGGGAGGACGAAAAGGCCGAGGACCUGCGCCGGGAGAUGAUUGAGCUCCGGCAGCAGCUGGACAAGGAACGCUCUGUCCGCAUGAUGCUGGAGGAGCAGGUGCGCUCCCUGGAGGCCCACAUGUACCCAGAGAAGCUUAAGGUGAUCGCCCAACAGGUGCAGCUGCAGCAGCAGCAGGAGCAGGUGAGGCUGAUGCACCAGGAGAAGUUUGAGCGCCAUCAGCAGAGCCACGGACAGCUCUUUCCGGGACAGGGCCCCCCGGCGCCUACCCACCAUCCCUCUGUUAUCGUGCCCCCACCAUCGCACCAUGUGACAGUGGUAACCAUGGGCCCCUCUUCCGUCAUCAACGCGGUCUCCACCUCCCGGCAGAACCUGGACACCAUCGUGCAGGCCAUCCAGCACAUUGAGGGGACGCAGGAGAAGCCACUCCUGGGGGAGGAGGAGGAGGAAGAGCGGCGCCGGCGAAGGGCUGUGAUCGUGGCCCGGUCCGGCUUGGACCCCUCCCUUUCAGACACGGCCUCUGACUCAGAAGUGGCAGCUGAAGAAGAAGACACCGAGGAGGAGGAGGAAGAGGAGGCCAUGGAGCACAGCAAGGCCCCCGAGAGGAGGCCCUGACCCCACUGGACGCGGGAGGAGGGAGGGGGCGCUCACAUUUUUACAAAACGCCGCCGUGGCAAUGCAGGUCUCUUUUAUGACCUUUUCGAUACUGUAAAGGGAGGGGGCCUGUGGGAGGAAGGCUCCCCCCAAUUCAGCUCACAGAAAGGCCAGAGGGAGAAGAAAGGGUCGGCUUCUCAGGGCCCCUCCCUGGAGGCGGUGGGUGGCCUUGGUCCCUCGGGACUCAGCACUGAUCUUCCUCUGUGGGUUUGUGUCCCACUGGAAGGAAGACAGGGCCCAAGACCCCCUGCCCCUCCCUGUUAAACAUGGCCUUUUCCCCUCUGCUCUCUGUCGCUCUCCUCAGGGGUCAAGGUGGCCCUUGGGGUGGCAUUAAGGGGCCAAUGGGGGGACCCUGGACUCUGAGAUGGGGGCUUGGCUGUGCCCUUCUGCCAAUCCUAAUACCCCCCCCCCCCAAUUCUCAGGGGUCACUCCAGGGUCAGGGCCUUUUCCUCACUUUGAGGGGGGGGAUACUGCCCUCUCUUUCGGUUUCUUCUCCACGGGUUCCUUGUUUCUUUUUUUUUUUUUAGCAUUUAUUUCUGUUUUUUGAAGCACUUAAUCCGUUCCAUGGGUCCGACCAUUGCUGCCCCCUUCCUGUGACGUCCACUCUUCUCCCUUUUUCAUUUUGGCUGCCCCCACCCCACCUCUCACCCCCCUUUUAACUAGUGGUCUAGGCCAGUGUUGACUAUAGGGCCCUCUGUGGGCAUUUGAUAGCCCCCCCCCCCCCCUCCAAAGCCACGGCUCCUCCUCCUCCAUUCUUCCUUUAUUUUUUAUUUUAACCUUUUUGGGUUUUGUUUUUUUUUUUUUACAAUUUUUUGGGUCUUCAUGUUCAUUGAGAUGCUAUUAUAUUUUGUUAAAAAAGUGGGAAAAAAUGAGGCAUGUGCUUUUUUGUAAAGAAACAAAAUAAAGUUUGUACUUUGUUUUUUAGA